CGUCACGCUCGAGCAAAGUUGACCCCCCGCCUCAGCGCUUAAAGUCGGGCGGGGAUUGGAAUCCUAAUCCCCCUGGGCCCAGCGACAGAUGAGCAUCCACUCAUUCGACCAACCAACCCAUUUGCUUUUCCCGGCGCUUACAAGCAGUCAAUCAUCUUGCCCCUCUCGUGUGAUGCUGACGCCCAGGAACCGGCUUCCUGGCUUGUCAACUUGUCAAGAGGUCUCGGCUAGUUUUAGUUGACCAUAGGCCACAUUAUCCAGUAUCUGUUGGAUUAACGCUGAGUUAGUCGCCCAGCUCCUAAGUUCCUGGACGAUCUUAUGCGGGAAUACCCACGGUGGAUACGCGCCAUAGCCAUGUGAGCAAGAAUUCUAUCGAUGAUGUGUCCCCCCGCAGACUCCAUCCACUCUUUGUUAGCUACUCCAUGCUUCGAACUUUUGAGCGGCUUGCGUGAGAACUCUAGCGUUUAAGGACUGACUCAAAGGGCUAUCCCUUCCUGGUCUCUCCUAAAGAAGACGCCAAUCCUUUACCUCAAUGUGGUACCUGCGUCUAGUUUGUUGAUUCUCUAUUGUGGUACCUAUUGGUUUUGCUUAGGGGCUUUUUGGCAGAGAGAGAGAGAGAGAGAGAGAGAGUUUUUGAUCGUUCACUUAUCCAUCAUAAACGAUGGUCGAAGCUGCUGCGAUUCGUGAACGGCUCACGCAGGCUGCCCGGUCGGUCAUAGCCAUAACUCGUUCAUUUGGUACUAAGCAAGAGUCGCAGGAAGCGUUGCAAAAGGUUACAUUGAUACUAUGUGAAAUCCUCAACCUUCUCUAUCAAAUCCGGGAGCAGUUAAGCUGGGCCGAGGAAAAAUGGGUUGUUGCACCUGCGCGCUUGAAUAUUAUCGAGGAAAUUCUGGGUGCUUUCGCGUCAACAGCAAAAACUAUGGAAACAAGCUUUCAGCCCGGAGGUGUGAGCAGUCGACUAUUCAGAAAAGGCCUUAUUGAACGAACCUUUCUACCACGACUGGAGCUGUACAAAGUUGCUUUUCUCGUGCUGAUACAACCAGAAUCCCGGUAUGUUGACCAUCUGGCACACCGUGAAUUCAAUUCAGUAUGAACUAUGCUAACAGUGGCUCAGUGAGAAGAGCUUUAGCGAGCAGCAGCUACGAAAUAGUAUUCGGGAAUGCCGAGACCUGGAACUCAGUAGGCAAAUCCAAACUAUGCAUUAGUCUUUCUGUGCGCUGAACAUGUAUCCUCAUAGACUCCACCUCAAAGUUCACAAGCGAAGAGGACUUUCAUAAUAUCACGAGCCCAGUAACCUCGAAGAAUUUCAUCGACCUCAGCAACUUGUGUCACAGACGACAGAAAGACACCUGCAAAUGGAUAUUCCACGAUGAAAAGUACAAGGAUUGGUUAUUUGGACGACGGAGAUCAUUAUACUGCAUUGGAUCAGGUAUUUGAAUUCAUUCUACGCCAAUGAAAGCUUGUGACUAAUAUUUAUCAGCUGGAGUUGGAAAAACAUUUCUUUCUUCUGCCAUUAUUGAAAAUCUGC